AUGAAUGGCUUCGAGUCCAAGGUCCUCGAUGAGGACGCCUUUGGAGAAAAGAAUGCUCUAUCAGGGCUGAAGAGCUUUGACGCUUUCCCAAAAACAAAGGCCUCCUACACUACCCCAACUAGCCGCGGUGGUCAAUGGACCGUUCUUAUCCUUCUCAUCUGCACCGUCUUCAGCUUCUCCGAACUAAAAACAUGGUGGCGCGGCACCGAACAGCACCACUUCAGCGUGGAAAAGGGUGUCUCCCAUGAACUCCAGCUCAACCUCGAUAUCGUUGUCAACAUGCCCUGUGAUACCCUCCGCGUCAACAUCCAAGACGCAGCCGGCGACCGCAUCCUAGCCAGCGACAUGCUCAAACGCGAAGAAACGAGCUGGAACCUGUGGAUGCAGAAGAGGAAUAAGGAUAAGCACGAGUAUCAGACACUGAGCCAUGAGGAAGAGGACCGAUUGUCGGCACAGGAGGCCGACGCGCAUGCGCACCACGUUCUGGGUGAGGUGAGACGGAAUCCGAGACGCAAGUUUGCAAAGGGCCCGUCCAUGCGAUGGGGCGACGUAGUAGACUCUUGUCGCAUCUAUGGUAGUCUGGAGGGGAACAAAGUGCAGGGCGAUUUCCACAUCACAGCGCGAGGACAUGGGUAUAGGGAGUUUGCGCCGCACUUGGAUCACAGUGUGUUCAAUUUCUCGCACAUUAUUACCGAGCUCUCUUUUGGUCCUCAUUACCCCACCCUCAUGAACCCUCUCGACAAGACGAUCGCCGAGACGGACAAGCACUACUACAAAUACCAGUACUUCCUUUCUGUUGUGCCGACGCUCUACACCAAGGGUCGGAGCGCUCUGGACGCAUACAACCGUUCCCCUGCCUCGGCUACCGCCCGCACUGGCCGUAACACGGUCUUCACGAACCAGUACGCGGCGACCAGUCAGUCUGAAGAGAUGCCGGAGACGCCGCUGCUGGUCCCGGGCAUCUUCUUCAAGUAUAACAUUGAGCCGAUCUUGCUGCUUGUCAGUGAAGAGCGGGGCGGGUUCCUGGCUCUUCUUAUCCGAGUGAUUAACACCGUGAGUGGAGUCCUUGUUACUGGUGGCUGGAUCUAUCAGAUCUCGGGUUGGGUUGGUGAGGUUCUUGGUAGAAGGAAGAAGGAGCAGCCAGAAGGAUAUUUGACUGGAAAGCAUUAUACGGAUUGA